UAAAUUAAAUAUUUCAUCUCCUAGUAUGAGCACAAAAGUUACACUCUUAGUUUUAUGCAAUAACUUUACCACUUCAUUAAUUCCAGAAGCAAUCACCAAGAUGAAGACAGCUUUAAUUUUGCUCAGCAUUUUGGGAAUGGCCUGUGCUUUCUCAAUGAAAAAUUUGCAUCAAAGAGCCAAAUUAGAGGACUCUGAAGAAAAUGGGGUCUUUAAGUACCGGCCCCGAUAUUAUCUUUACAAGCAUGCCUACUUUUAUCCUCCUCUAAAACGAUUUCCAGUUCAGAGCAGCAGUGACUCAUCUGAAGAAAACGGAGAUGGUGAUAGCUCAGAAGAGGAGGAAGAAGAGGAGACUUCAAAUGAGGAAGAAAACAAUGAAGAAAAUGAAGAUUCUGAUGCAAAUGAAGAUGAAGAAUCUGAGGCUGAGAACGCCACCCUUUCCACUACCACGCUUGGCUAUGGAGAGGAGAUCACACCUGGAACUGGGAGUAUAGGUCUGGCUGGCAUCCAACUUCCCAAGAAGGCUGGGAAUAUAGGAAAGAAGGCUACAAAAGAGGAGGAAAGUGAUGAAGAAGAGGAGGAAGAGGAAGAAGAUGAAAACGAAGAGAAUGAAGCAGAAGUGGACGAUAACGAGCAAGUCACCAACGGCACCAGCACCAACAGCACAGAGGUGGACUCUGGCAACGGCAGCAGCGGUGGGGACCGUGGAGAGGAAGAGGGCGUCACUGACGCCAGCGCAGAAGGAACCACAGUGGCUGGAGGGCAGGGCGACGGUGGCUCUAAGGUCACCGCCUCUCCAAAUGGCAGGUUUGUGCCUACGCCUCCACCCAGGGAGGUCCAUGGGACCACCCCGCCCCCAGCUGGGAAAACCACCACCCCUGGAUUCGAGGAGUAUGAACAAACAGGCACCAGUGAGUAUGACACUGGAUAUGAAAUCUACGAAAAUGAGAAUGGGGACCCACGUGGGGACAACUUCCGAGCCUAUGAGGAUGAGUACAGCUACUACAAAGGGCGUGGCUAUGACAGCUAUGACGGUCAAGAUUACUCCUACCACCAGUGAGGGCCCAGACCGGGGCGGACUCACCCGCGCUGGCGUCAUGUGUGGCUACCGUUUUCCAAGUUCAACUCAGGAAGGUGCAAUACAACAAACGUGCAUAUUAUAACGUGGAAUGGUGCUGCUGUUCCAAAGUGGCCCUCUGCAGUUGCUUCUGCAGGUGAUGGGCUUCCUGUUGCUUUUCCCUGGUAUGUUAUUGAAAGGCUGUAAAUCAGGGUCGUUGGUCAAGUGGUAAACCAGUGCAUGAGACCGAGUGCGACUGAAUGAUUUGAGGUUGUAGUUCUAUAAAUAGUAUUUUAAUGUGUUUGCACUAACUGCUAAAACAUACUCUUUGUGCAAGAAGUGCUUCUUAGAAGAGAUUCAUUGACAUUAUUAGUAACACUGUAUACAAUAAAUGUGUAGUUCUUUAAUCACGUUACCUAACCAUCACUGUAUAUUAGGUUUAAUAAUCAUCCUCAUGUA